AUGGUUCCACCUCUCCAUCUAUAUCAGUAUCAUCUCACAUAUCAUAUCUCUCAAAUACGUAAACUACGAAAACUACCAUGUGUCUGUUGCAUAAGAGACAAGAAGGCGGAAUCUCCUUUUUUGGUCAGUUCAUUAAACAAAACUUAUAAAAGGAAAAUGAUGAAAAGGGAGAGUUCGCCAUCCACCGCAAUGAUUAUCCAAUCGUUAUUUUUUCUGUCUUUAAUUGGUCUUCUUAAUGCAUAUAAUAUUCUUGUUUACUCUCCAUCAUUUGGAGGAAGUCAUACUAAUUUUAUGGCCAGAUUAGCAGAUACAUUAACAGACGUUGGCCAUAAUGUCACAUUCCUGAUUCCAGUGGCAGAUGAAGCUAGAAAAGGUCAACUAGGAGUGAAGAAAACUAAAGAUGUAGUGAUAGUUGAGCAAGACCAGAUAAUGAAACGACAAGUAAAGCCAAUAGAUGAUGAUAUGGCACAGUAUUGGACAACUGAUAUGGAUUCAUCGAAUGCUGACACAAUUUUCAAUGUUUUCUUUGAUGCAAUGGUGCUCUCAUGCGAGAACUUCAUGCGUAACAAAGAAGCAUUCGAGGAUUUGAAAAGGAGAAAUUUCGACGUUGGAAUUUUUGAACCUGUAUCUGUCUGUGGACUUGGAUACAUGAAUGCACUAAGAAUCGAGAAGAUCAUAAUGGCAUCGUCGUGUGCUUUAUAUGAUGGAGCACUAGCUGCUGUUGGAGAACCACUUGAUUUCAGUUAUGUGCCUGGAAUGAUGAGUAAAUCUGGAGAAAAAAUGAGUUUGAGCGAGAAACUGGAGAAUUAUCGAUUGUCAAUGGCGUCGUACAGAAUGCAGCAUGGAAUGUGGGAUAAAGAAACAGAGAUAUACAGAAAACAUUUGGGAUACGGUAUUCCACACUGGAGAGAUUUGAUGCCAACGUCUUCUGUAUUCUUCACAAAUUCAAUUCCAUAUGUGGACUUCCCCAGAACAGUCACACAAAAAACGGUUCCGAUUGGAGGAAUUUCUGUGGAUAUUGAAUCAAUUCGAUCUCAAAAGUUGUCGAUCGAAUGGAGUACUGUACUUGAUGAGAGACCAUUUAAUAUGCUAAUUUCAUUCGGAUCAAUGGUUAGAUCUAUGGAUAUGCCAACUGAGUGGAGACGCGGACUGUUGGAAGCAAUAAAGUCGGAACCAAAUGUCACAUUUAUUUGGAAAUAUGAAAAUGAUGAUCUCGAAUGGGCAAAAGGAAUCAAAAACAUCUAUUUCUCGAAAUGGGUUCCUCAAACAGCUCUUCUGAACGACGAUCGAUUGACUGCCUUUAUGACUCAUGGAGGCCUUGGAAGUACAAACGAAUUGGCUCAUCUUGGAAAGCCAGCACUCAUGAUUCCAGUGUUUGCAGAUCAAGACAGAAAUGCAAAUAUGUUGGCAAGACAUGGCGGAGUCAAAGUUAUUCAUAAAAGUGAAUUGGGAAACACGAAAGUUAUCAAAAAUGCGAUUCGAUCGAUUUUACACGAUGAAGAAUUCAAAAAACAUGCUGAGAAAUUAGCUGAUUUAUUGGUAAAUCAACCAUUGAAACCAAAGGAACAAGUUGUGAAAUACACGGAAUUCGUCGCAAGAUUUGGACCGUUUCCUGAAAUGGAUUCAUUUGGAAGAAAAUUAGGAUUUAUUGAAAGAAAUUUGUUAGAUAUUUAUUCUGUAAUUGGAUUAUCUUAUAUUAUAGCAUUUUUGUUGAUUUUCUUUGCUUGUCGUUUUGUUUUUGGACUGCUUCCGUUGAAAUUUAUUAAGAAAGAUUAG